AGUACACCGCGGUUACUGGCGUUAAAUUGCUUCAGAUCAGUCGAUUUCGUAUUGUGUCCAAAGAAAAUCAGAAAAAUGUCGAAGAGGAAUUCAGGGGACGAAUAUAGAAAAGGGUCAAGUGUGUACAGAGCAGAGGACUCCACAGGAGAUGACAGAGGCAGAGAUCGUUCACCACUUAGAUCAGAUGACCGUUGUGAGGCUGGUAAUUACAAUCAGAGUGAUGCAAAGAAACAGAAGCUGGCAUUUGGAUUUGGAAAGAAAAGUGGAGCAGAUCAAAAAAAAGGCAUUCAGAUAAAACUGGGCUCGACAUCAAAGCCUACAGUAAAAGCGACACCAAUUCAAAGGCCAACAGUGGCAUCUGUGUUUAAUGCAGAUGAAGAAGAUGAACCUGAGGAAAUGCCAGCAGAAGCAAGGAUGAGGAUGAGAAAUAUUGGAAGAGAAACACCAACUUCUGCUGGACCAAAUUCAUUCGGUAAAACUAAACAAGGGUUUUGUGAUUCCAAAAAGAUAUUUGAAAAAACGCUCAAAAAAGCAAUGGAAGAAGCAAAUAAAUGAUUCCUUUGAUGUAC